AUGGAGCACAAUCACAUGUUGCCCCGGCCGGCACACCAUACCAUCUCAGCCGGCCUCGACCAGAAGCACGACCCGUACCCAAACGACCAGCGACAAACACCUUCAUCUGAUGUCGCAUCCGUCUUUCAGUCUCUUGAUCGUCCCUUCAAGCUCCCCAUGUAUUCUUCGCCGCCGUCAUAUGCGCAAACACAUGGCGACCGUAAGCCGCCCAUCGCCUUCCCGGAUGCCCCCACGACGGAACUGCCGCCUCUGCAGUUGAGAAACGGCUACCACGGCAGUGACAAAAAGGAUAACACGCUUCCGUCUCUAUCGUCGCUGACGGUGUCGUCGCCCAAGUCCAUGUAUAUUAGUCCCCCUCCCCAAACCCAGGUCCAAAGUCGGCCGACAAUACCGCCUCCGCCGACAUAUGCUCCUCCACCGCCACCCAAGCCAGCAGAACAACUUCAACCGACACACUGGCCCAGUCUGAACCCUUACACUGCCUACUACACGCCUAGUCAUGCGGAAGGGAAAGCCGAGCCGUUGCGAAUGGACACAAACUCGCCGAGUACCAGUGCGAUUAGUUCCGCUUCCUCGGAGACUGUAGAUCAAGAGCGAUCCAGCAAUGUCAGCCUAGACGAUCCCGACGUCAGACUAGCUGCCGAGGCUCUUGGAGACUUGAGGGCAGACUUUGUAUCUUCUCCCCGCAAUGUCGACGGCUCUUCGCCAUCGACGUCUCGGUCACGGUCACAAGUACCGCCGGAGCCAUUGUUGCAGCUGAUAACGACGAAUCAUCCGCUGCUUGGCGGUGUGAUAGAAGGAACACAGACAGCUUACGUUGCCUCAAAGAACUACUCACCAAGGUUCAAGUCGGGGGCCGAGUACGUCGAAGGAUAUGUUGCGCCUGUUGUCAACACAGUAGGGUCUGUCGGUCGAGUCACUGGCGUCGAGGGCAGCGUGCGGUGGUUUUUAGGUGCUGGCAAAAGACACAAAUCCCAAAAUUCUGCAGAUAUGGAGGAGGGGUCAAACAAGCGGCGAAAAGGCGAUGAUGGAACCGAGGCCAUGAUACUCGAUUCGGAAGAGACCCCGUCUGGAAUGACAACACCACGUCCGACGUACGACCCGAACGAUCCCCGGAGGUUAUCCAUUGCGAGCACCAUCCAGACCAUUGAUACCUUGCCAGCUUAUGACGAGCACAGGUCGCCUGCGUACGAAGCAGAGCCUCGGCGGAACUCUUUGCAGUCACGGUUGAUCAUGUCGACGUCGGGUUUGAGCAUCGCAAUGAGUCAGGAGAGUCUGCGCAGCCUAAAGUACUGCCUGAGCUGGCUUCGAUGGGCCAAUGUGCACAUCGCCAAUGUCAUCAACUCGUUGAAACUGGCGCUGGACAGAUAUGACAAGAUGAGCGAUUCAUCAGCCGGCUCCAGCAGUGACGGCGAUGAUAGGCAGAAGAUUGUUGACAGGAUCAACACGGUUAAGGCCGACGUGGUCAAGACUUUCCAGGAUGUCAUUCAAACCGUCAGCAAGUAUGCCGGAGGUGCCUUGCCUGAAAACGCUAGGGUGCUGGUCAGACGCCAUCUUACCAGCUUGCCGCAAAGAUUUGCGCUCGUGAACAUGCUUGUCCAACAACAACGCGCCCGCGAGGAUCAGAACGUGGAAGAAGGAGAUGCUACAGUAGACAGAGACAUGCGUGAUGGCGCUCAAACAGUGUUGCUGAUGGCCAAGGAAGGCCUCGACAUGAUGUCUCAAGUUUCCGGAGUCCUUGAUGGCACCAUUGUCAGUGCGGAGGAGUGGUGCGAUAGACUAGGAAAGAGAAAGCAGGAACAAAAGGAGGUGCCGUAUAGCGGACAGUCAACACCUUCGCAAUAUUCGCUAGAAACUGUGAAGACGGGUUGA